GUCUUGGGUCAAAACUGUUGAGGAAACUUAACCCGGGUUCAGUUAUACCAGGGUAGGAGAAACCUGGCGCAGCUGCGCCACAACGGCUCUCUCGUUUGAAUCUUUCCCGCACACCUUCAAAACUUUCUUGGGUUCCAUUCUGCUACACCUCUCUUUUUUCUCUCAACUCUUCAAGAACCAAAGAAACCAACGGAGAAGGGAGAUCGGUGGACCUAUUGUCCAUCAUGCCGUCAGCAAGACCGAGCAACCCACGCUCAACUCUUGGGCAUUCCGAUGCUGUACCGAGGAAGUUGGCCGUCGGUGAAUCUGGAGGCCACCUUGGUAUCGAGAUCCGUGGCGCCUCUUUGGACGGAGAGAAGACUCCCACAAAGGUGGCGGCGGAGGACGCAGAAGAGAAGGUCCCCUUCUUUGGUUCGAGGUACGACCGCAAGGAGAAGGCGUGGGUGGUGUCUCUUGCCGUGGCUCUCAAGUUGGUGGUCUUCGUCGUGGCGAUGUUCGUCAACGACUGCCCACGGAAAUCUCAUGGCGAUUGCCUCUUCAGGUCCCUUCGCAGAUUCUCCUUUCAACCACUCCGGGAGAAUCCCAUGCUCGGCCCCUCAGCCUCAACGUUGGAUGCAUUGGGUGCUCUGAGGCGUACCAGGAUAAUUGCAGAAAAACAAAAAUGGCGCCUAAUGACAUUUACAUGGUUACAUGGAGGAGCUUUUCAUCUGGUUAUCAAUAUCUCAAGCAUGUUAUUCAUCGGGAUACGUUUGGCACAAGAUUGUGGACCAUGGAGGACUGUGAUAAUCUACCUGCUUUCUGCAUUUUCUGGUAGCCUGCUUUCUGCACUGUUUGUACAGAACAGUCCAGUUGUUGGUGCAUCCAGUCCUCUAUUUGGAUUACUAGGAACAAUGAUUUCUGGACUCAUUAAGAACUGGUCGAGAUAUGAUGACAAGUUGGCAGCAUUGGUCACAAUGUCCUCUAUAGCAAUGAUAAGUUUCAUUCUUGGCAUGCUACCAUACACUGACAAUUUUGCGAACGUGGGAUCCCUUAUAUCUGGAGUUCUUCUUGGAGCAAUGUCUACUUAUGAUCCCAAAAACAGGGGGGUGAACAUGAAGAAAGAAUCUCAUUCCUAUGGGCCGAAGGUGUUUCCUGUAUCACUUACCAAAUUUGACAGACCAUUGACAAGAGUCAUUGCCAUGAUUCUCUUCAUUCCUUUUCUUGUCGGACUUCUUCUGGCAGUCUUCUAUGAAGUAGAUGCAAAUAAGUACUGCACUUGGUGUCAUCAUCUGAAUUGUGUUUCCAUAAAAAAGUGGAGCUGCAGUGAGAAUGACAUGCCUUGUCAGGCCACAGUAAGUAGUGCUCGUUUGACAUUGACUUGUCAGACGAAUGGCAAGUUCAAAGUUUUUCCAUACGCCGAUAUGUCCGUGAGAAGACUCGAAGACUUGUGCAACGAUAUCUGCUCCUAGACCUUUAUGGAGUGCUUCUGUACAGAGUCUGCACAAGUUUUUCAUUCUCUGAAGUUUGUAAACAGUGAUUUACUCAGUUGUAUUGUAGAAGCAUUACUCUC